UGUGUGUGUGAGGGAGAGACAGAGAGAGUGUGUGUGUGAGAGAGAUCUCUACAGCCUCGGUGUACAGGAGUCGAGUCGAGUCAGGCGCCGGAGACUGACCGCUUCUUCUUCACCCAGGGCUGAGUGUGUGUGAGUGUGUGUGAGUGUGUGUGAGUGUGUGUGAGUGUGUGUGAGUGUGUGUGAGUGUGUGUGAGUGUGUGUGAGUGUAUGUGUGUGUUACAGUGAAGGAAGACCUGCAUGGCAUUGUCCUGCCCUAUUUUAAACACACCAUUACCCUGUGUGUGUGAGUGUGAGUGUGUGUAUGUGUGUGAGAGUGUGUGUGUGAGUGAGACAUGGCUGUGAACUCUGAGCCGAGUGAUUGGGGCUACAGCGCGGAUCCUGACGAGGAGACGGUCCUGGUAGCGCCACACCCCGGGGCGGAGCAGACUCGGGGCCGGACCUCGCCGUACGCCGCCGUGUUCAUCGUGGUGAACGCCGCCCUGGGGGCGGGGCUUCUUAAUUUCCCUGCUGCGUUCUACAUGGCUGGAGGUGUAGUAGCUGGAGUAGUGCUGCAGAUGUGUUUAUUGAUCUUCAUCAUCACAGGCCUGGUGAUACUCGCUUAUUGUUCUCAGGUGAGUAACGAGGUGACGUAUCAGGAGGUGGUCCGCGCCGUGUGUGGGAAAGUCCUGGGGAUCGUGUGUGAGAUCGCCAUCGCUGUCUACACCUUCGGCACGUGCAUCGCCUUCCUCAUCAUCAUCGGAGACCAGCUGGACAAGCUGAUUAACGCGAUCGCUCACGAGGCGGACGGUUCAGUCAGCUCUCACUGGUACACAGACCGCAAGUUCACCAUCAGCGUCAUGUCUGUGCUCAUCAUCCUCCCUCUGUCCAUCCCCAAGGAGAUCAGCUUCCAGAAAUACGCCAGUACCUUCAGCGUGGUCGGUACCUGGUACGUCACCGUCAUCAUCAUCAUCAGGUACAUCUGGCCCGACCCGGAGGUCUCACCUGGACUCGUCCCCACCAGUCCUGAGUCCUGGACCGCCGUGUUCAACGCCAUGCCCACGAUCUGCUUCGGGUUCCAGUGUCAUGUGAGCAGUGUUCCGGUGUUUAACAGUAUGAAGAACGCGACUCUCCGGCCAUGGGGGGGCGUAGUCACACUCAGCAUGAUCAUCUGUCUGUUCGUCUACACAGGGACAGGUGUGUGUGGUUUUCUCUCUUUCGGUUCCACGGUGAGUCAGGACGUGCUGAUGUCGUACCCGUCCGACGACGUGGCCGUGGCCAUCGCCCGAGCCUUCAUCAUCAUCAGCGUGGUCACGUCAUAUCCCAUACUGCACUUCUGUGGGAGAGCCGUGUUGGAGGGAUUGUGGCUGCGCUUUAACGGGACAGACGUGGACACAGACGUGGUGAGAGAGCGCAGACGGCGUGUGCUGUACACACUCGUCUGGUUCUUCCUCACACUCGUCCUCGCUCUCACCAUCCCAGACAUCGGGCGUGUCAUCUCACUCAUCGGCGGCCUCGCUGCCUGCUUCAUCUUCGUCUUCCCAGGUUUGUGUCUGAUUGAGGCCAAGAUCUCCGAGCACGACGCGAGAUCAGUCAGCUGGCACGCGCUGGUGAUUUACGGAGUCCUCAUGGUCACGAUCGGCGCUUUCAUCUUCGGCCAGUCGACCACCAACGCCAUCUACAGGGACAUCAUUAACCACUGAGACAGCUCGGGCAGCCGGGAGUGACUCGUUACUGUGGAGGAGCUGCUCUUACACACACACACACACACACACACACACACACACACACACACACACACACACAUACAGAGAACUUUAGGAUUCUGAUGUCUUAUAACCCCUGAUAGACUGUGUAGCAUGCAGCAUGACGCCUCCUACUGUAACUGUGGGGAACUCUGUAGCAUCCAGUAACACUACACACACACACACACACACACACACGUGUACGGGUUUAUUAGUUCAACUUUAAUUUGCAUGUCCAUCUUCAAUGAUCAUCUUUUUUUCCCCAAAGUUCUAAUCAUUUCUUUAGCACUUUAUUCCUAAUUACAUUCCCGUCACCGUUACGUCGUUCAUUUGGGAGAAUUUUAAAAAAUCUACCGCUUUAGGGACGUUUUAGAGAAGAUGUGCAGUUUUUAACGGUUUAUUCCCAAAUCCUUGGUGCGUGUAGUCAGGGCUGGUAGUUAUUUUAGGUAACUAAGGCUAGCUAGCUCUAAACGAUUAAAAGUUAAAGAACAGUUUGAUAAUAUUGUGGUAUUAAAAAGGGCUAGCUGGCUAACGUUACACACUGGGGUCACUGUAGUUACCCAGAUAUCAUUUAUCAUUAGUAGUUUAAUCUCACAUUUGUACAUGAAGUAAUAAUCUGAUGAUGAGAGAGAACUCGCACACAGUCUCUCUGAUCUCAGCGACGCAGGAGUCAGUACUGUUUCAGCUGUACAUGUCUGAGGUUUACACUUUUAUAUGGUUAAUGCAUGUGCAGCUCUACAGUGUCAUCACGCUGUCGAACCCCACCGACGGGGCAGGACACACACACGCGGCCGGGUACUUCCUCUCGGGUUUGAUUUUGAGAGAACCGGUGUAGGGUUCUUCAGUGUGACGAGGUGCAGGAUGUUUAUCAGCACACGUCUCUUCAUGGACUGUUUUUUUUUAUCUUUAUUUGAACUCAAUAAAAGGAAUCUAUGUGAA